UUUUACACCAGUAGCAUUUUCAAUAAAGCAAAGUGGACCCCUUUAAUAUCCUUCUCCUUUGGAUAUAAUAUACUAAUAUUCAUAUGUUCCUAUCAUUUGGACCUUUUCUUCACUAUUCUACAGUCCAGUUACAAAAUAUGACCUGCUUAGACUCACAGUCAAGACCCCCAUCUUGUUUUCUUGCCUGAAAAAGGUAAAAAAUUUCAAAGUUCUGCCAUUUUCAUGAAUAAUUUAGUCAAAUUUGCAUUUCAAGAUUCUAAAAUGGACAGUCUAAAGAAGAAUAGCGUGAAGUUAUACCUGAAACAUUUACAAUGAGUAACAGCUUGUUGCAUACCCAUUAUGCGAGUGGCGGAAUCCCAUCCGAGAUUGCUGAGAAUUUAAAAGAUUUUUUCCCGGAGGAUGGCGAUUUGAGUUAUGAAGAAGUUCUUUUGCAACAGGAAACUGUUUACUUGUCAUUUCAAGCAAAUGGGAAAAACAAGAAUAUGAGCUCUGAAUAUGGCCAAACCAGUAGUGGGCAUCAGUUAUCAGCACAAAAGGGUGAUUCUUCUCAAAACCGUGAAUCACAAUUGGCUCUGGACGAAGCUUUAGCUAGAUCAUUGCAGUUAGGGGAUGACUUUGAGGAUUUCUGUAGAGAUGAGCUUAGCUCUACUGUGGCUGGCAUCAGGGAAUCCCCUCCUAGAGAAUCACCUCCGGUCAGGGCUGAGAAUCCAAACACGAGGAGACAAGAUGAUGUUGAUCCAGAUAGUAUGACCUAUGAGGAAUUGCAAUCUUUAGGAGAAGCUGUUGGCCAGCAGAGCAGAGGGCUUUCACAAGACCUCAUACGCCGUUUACCAACUUUCAAAUACAAGACUGGAUUCUUCUCAAAGAAAAAGAAAAUGGGAGAGUGUGUUAUAUGUUAUGCUGCAUACAGAAGCGGAGAUAUGUUGACCACUUUACCUUGUGCACACAUGUUUCAUUCAGAAUGUAUUAACCGCUGGCUAAAAGAAAGAAAGUGUAUGUGUCACAGAACUGCCCACUCUGUUAUGAAGAGGUGAAAGAUGAAUGACUUUGCAAAUGCAACAUCCCAUGGAAAGGAUAAAGCCUUGGACCUGCCUUCAAAUUCGCUAUAUUUUUAAACAUGUAGAGAGAAGUAGCCCCGUUAAAAGACAUAUUUGGUAUGUAAAUAGCAUCUCCCAAUAUUUGACAUUCUGAACGUAUCCUGCGUUCAUAUGCAUUAUGGCUUUUCUUCUUCUUCUUAAUGAAAUGUGAUUGGGAAA